AUGUCAAAGAGAGGAGCAGGGGGGCGGGGAAAGGGGGAGAGACCUGACGCCAUGGCAACCCUUCAAGCAGCAAAUGAGGAGCUGAGAGCCAAACUGACAGAAAUCCAGAUAGAACUACAACAUGAAAAGAACAAGGUCAGCCGCCUGGAGAGGGAGAAGAGCCAGGAGCUGAAGGCGGAGCAUCACCGGGCCACGGUCGCCGUGACGGAGCUGAAGACCAAACUCCACGAGGAGAAGCAGAAGGAGCUGUCGGUUACCAGGGAGACGUUACUACGGCAACACGAGAUGGAGCUGAUGAGAGUCAUCAAGAUCAAAGACGGAGAGAUUCAGCGUCUGAACGGCCUGGUGCUGACGCUUAGGGACGGAUCCACGGACAAGGUGAGGAGCGCCCUAAUGGCCGAGGUGGAGGAGGCCAGGAGGAGCUGGGAGGCAGAGCGUUGUCGCCUCCAGCAGGAGGUGCAGGAGCAAAGAGGAGCAAAGAGGAACGCUGAGGAGGCUCUCACUUCGGCACAGCAGGCCUGCCAGGCCCGAGCAGCUGAACUGAGAUCAGCUCAUCACCAACACCAGGAGGAGCUGAACAGGACAAAGAGAGACUGUGAGAGGGAGAUCCGCCGGCUGAUGGAUGAAAUUAAGUUGAAGGACAGAGCUGUCAGUGUUUUGGAUAAAGCCCUGGGGCUGCAGGCUGGACACGCCCACCGCCUCCAGCUGCAGACUCAGGCUGCUGAGCAGCAAAUCGCAGCCCUGAGAGAUGCACAGAGGGUUGGACUAAACCACCCUGGCCAAGCUCUUAACCCCACCCCUAACACUGCUCCUCACACCGAGGACCGGGACACACGCAGGUUUCAGUUAAAAAUCGCUGAACUCAGUGCCGUUGUCAGAAAGUUGGAGGAUCGAAACGCUCUGCUGUCUGAAGAACGAAACGAACUGCUGAAGCGUCUGAGAGAGACAGAGAGUCAGUUCCUUCCUCUUCUGGACAAAAACAAACGUCUGAGCAGGAAGAACGAGGAGCUGGCGCUCACGUUACGUCGCCUCGACAACAAGCUUCGCUUCGUCACCCAGGAGAACAUGGAGAUGACACGGCGUGCUGGUUCGGUCAGGAGACCAAGUUCUUUAAAUGACCUGGACCGCAGCCACUCCACCAGUUACCAUGGUUACAGCCAGGAUGAGAGAGAGAUGGAGUUUCUGCGUUUACAAGUUCUGGAGCAACAGCACAUCAUCGACGACUUGUCCAAGGCUCUGGAGACAGCUGGUUAUGUAAAGAAUGUUAUAGAGAGAGACAUGUUACUGAGAUACAGACGUCAGGAAUCAGUGAGGAGGAAACGAACUUUCAAAGCCUGCAGGGUUAUAGAGACAUUCUAUGGCUAUGAUGAGGAAGUUUCUGUGGACUCUGAUGGAUCAUCUUUGUCGUUUCACACCGACCGAACUCCUGAUACAGAACCAGACGAGGUGUGUGUGCGUGAGGAGGUGGAGUUUCGUUACCGUCAGCUGACUCAGGAGUAUCAGGCGCUGCAGCGAGCGUACGCUCUCCUGACGGAGACGAGCGGAGUCAACUACGACGCUGAGAAGGAGAUCAAGACCAGAGAGCAGUUGCUGACUGAAAUCUCUCAAUAUCAAACCAGAGUUGCAGACCUGGAGUCAGCACUGAAACAGCAAGGACUGGAUGUGAAGUGGGUGGAGGAGAAGCAGGCAUUGUACCAAAGGAAUCAACAGCUGGUUGAGAAGGUGAAGCAAAUGGAAGGUGAAGAGCUGCAGCUAGAAAAUGAAAUCCAGGACGUCAGAGAUCAAAACGAACUGCUGGAGUUUCGGAUCUUGGAGCUUGAGGAGAGGGAGCGACGCUCACCUGCCAUUAACUUCCAACAACUCCAUUUCCCAGAAGGCCUCAGUCCCCUACAGAUCUACUGCGAAGCAGAGGGAGUCACUGACAUUUCGAUCAGUGAGUUGAUGAAGAAGCUGGACAUUCUGGGAGAUAACGCCGUAAGUAAUCUGUCCAAUGAAGAGCAGGUGGUGGUGAUCCAGGCCAGGACGGUUCUAACUCUAGCAGAAAAGUGGUUGGAGUCCAUUGAAGGGACAAAGUCGGCUCUGCAGCAGAAAAUGUUGGACAUUGAAAGCGAGAAGGAUCUGUUCAGUAAGCAGAAAGGUUACCUGGACGAAGAGUUGGACUACAGGAAGCAGUCAAUGGAUCAGGCUCAUAAGAGGAUCCUGGAGCUGGAGGCCAUGUUGUUUGAGGCUCUGCAGCAGGAGGAGGAGUUUAGGAUGGUGGGAUUAAAGAUGGAGCACAGCCGUCUGUCUGAAACACUGACGGAGGAAGAACGGGACGGGCUGAGGAGAGCGAUGGACCAAUGGAAAAGAUCUGUGAUGUGUGAGCUGAGAGAGAGAGAUGCCCAGAUCCUCCGAGAGAGGAUGGAGUUACUGCAACUCAUACAACAGAGGAACAAGGAGCUGGAAGAAUGCAUAGAAGCACAGAAACGACAGAUUAAAGAGCUGGAGGAGAAGUUUCUAUUUCUGUUUCUAUUCUUCUCUUUGGCAUUCAUCCUCUGGUCCUAA